ACAAACUUAAAAUAAAAAAAAAAACACUAAAACACAUGUCUGACACCUAUUAUUGCACUGGACUGUAGGAUGUGUGACACAUAGGCACACCGCAGCAGUGAAUGACAAAGAGUGUCUCUGCGCUGAUGUGUUUCCACUGGGGCGAAAUGAGGAAGUGAGCACAUUUUGUCAGUGAGCGGAGAAGGAGCGACACACAAACACACACACACACACACACAGAGCGAGAAAAACGCAGAGAGACACACACUUCGCCGUGUGUCCACUGCCAUCGGGCCCAUGUGCGGUCACAGAUAACGCAGCACAGGCGAGGACAGAUCCUGCGGAGACUGCCGAUCGCGGUGACCCUAGUGAGUGCGCUGCCGCAUGCCUCUUUUCUCUUUGUGUUCCAGUGGAAACGUGCAAAUUUCACAAACUCCGUCAACUCCGUCGUUUCGGCACGUCUUCGAAUUGCGCUGUCGCAGUAGGGACGUCUCCGGGGCUUUUCUGCGUGUCUCUUGGUCCGCAGACCGUCUCCAUAAUUACCAGGUCUCGGCCGAGUCCGCAUGAAAGAAGCUCCAUACCCCUGAGGAUGGCGACGGUAAGUGUCUCCGAAGAAUCGGGAGUCUCCUGCGGACCUUUACAGAGGAGAGACAGGACGUUUCCACCAGCAGAUGGUUACGACUUAUCUCCUUACCUCCGACAGGGUGCACGGCGUAUCGCCGCCUGGCUACGGAUCUAACUAGUCCUACCAGUAAUGCUAUCAAAUAGUCAGAAACGGCCCGUAAAGAUGUUCGCUAAAUGCCUACCGAAUGCUUGUAUCGGUAUGUAAUAGCAGUUUUCUCAUGUAGCAGAUACAUGCGGUAUUUUUCCAUCCUAAUCCACCUGAUGUGUAUUUUUGGAUUUAUUACAAAAAGAAUUAACUGGUGGUCUUCAGGUCGGACGCAUGCCUCCCGGGGUAAAGAACGUGUUCCGUCGCAGUGCUCUCUGUUGCGCUCGGACGUGGGCCACGAGCGUGCACCGCUUCUGGGUUACCGAUUCCUUCCUCUUGCAGAAGGGCUGGUCACCCGGCACCCAGUGCGUCACCAAGUGCGAUCACUCCAAGCCCAAGCCUUCCGAACUGGCUUACCGUAAAGGAGACAUGUUGACCAUCAUCGAAGCAGGAGUGGGGAAGGGUGUGUACAGAGCUCAGCAUAACAAGACAGGAGAGCAGGGGCUAAUAUCUGCCAGCAACGUGCGCGAGAGGGAAGCCAUCCGUGUUGACCCGAGCCUCAGCCUCAUGCCCUGGUUUCACGGAAAGAUCUCAGGGCCGGAAGCGGUGAACAAGCUGCAGCCAAUAGAAGACGGGCUGUUCCUGGUGCGCGAGUCCAUCAGACACCCUGGGGACUACGUGUUAUGUGUCAUUGUUGGUCAAGAGGUCAUCCACUACCGGGUAAUCUACAAGGACAACAAACUGACCAUCGACAACUCCAAAUUCUUCUACAACCUCAUCGACAUGAUUGAGUUCUACACAAAAAACCAAGGAGCACUCGCUACCACACUACAGAAACCUAAAGAGAAGGCAGGCGCUAAGUCAGCGGAAGUGGAACUUUCGAAAGCGGGCUGGUUGCUGGACAUUGACAAGCUGGCCUUGGGAGAGCGCAUAGGAGAGGGCGAGUUUGGAGCGGUGUAUAUGGGACAUUACAUGGGCCAGAGAGUGGCAGUGAAGGACAUCAAAUGUGACGUCACGGCUCAGGCGUUCUUGGAGGAGACCGCUGUCAUGACGAAGCUACAGCACAGGAACCUGGUGCGGUUGCACGGGGUGAUAUUACACAAUGGGCUUCACAUUGUCACAGAGUUCAUGGACAAGGGGAACCUGGUGAAUUUCCUCCGCACGCGAGGCCGAUCCGUUAUUGACACUGGACAACUGCUACGCUUUGCACUAGACGUGUGUGCGGGCAUGGAAUACUUGGAAUCCAAGAAGCUGGUUCACCGCGACCUGGCAGCUCGUAACAUCCUAGUGUCGAGCGACAACGUGGCCAAGAUCAGUGACUUCGGCCUGGCGCAGACUAACCCCAAAACCUCGGAUAACGUGAAGCUGCCGGUGAAGUGGACCGCCCCCGAGGCUCUGAAGAAGGAGAAAUUCUCCACGCGUUCAGACGUGUGGAGCUACGGAGUGCUCCUGUGGGAGACGUUCUCCUACGGCCGACAGCCCUACCCGAAGAUGUCCCUGAAGGAAGUGAAGGAGAAGGUAGAGCAAGGCUACCGUAUGGAGGCUCCAGAGAAUUGUCCCACCAGGAUCUAUGCCCUCAUGAGGACCUGCUGGGAGAUGGACCCCGGCAAGAGGCCCUCUUUCCAUAAACUGCGUGAAAAGCUUGAGAGGGAACUGUCCUGCUACAGCACAGUCACAAGGUCCUAAGUUGCUUGGAAUGAGGGCUCCUGGGGAAUUUCAUUCUGCAGACUCCUGGACCCCUCACGAGCCACGCACAGACUAGACAACAGUUAGACCUAAACUCAAAUGGCCAACCUGUCCAUUAACUGGGGUUGUAACAUAACUCAGGGACCAGUUAAGUCUAGAACUGGUGUAUAUUUAUUGAUGAAGUGAUUUAUUGAUGAAGAGACGGUGUUUGCGAAGGACACUGGAUUUUGAUACUAUACUUAAAACUGUAAUAAUAAUCACAAACCUGAUUUUGAUAUGAAGGCUUCUUCUGCAGUGUGUCCACAGCAAUUUUCCCAACCAUUUUAUCUGCUCAAAGAGUCAAGCAAUCUGUGCCAGUAGUCGCAGUGCUCACUUUUUUGACAUGUAUGACACGUCUGAUUAGUGAGAUUGGUGAAACGAAAAAGGAUAUGUGUUGGAGAUCCCAACAGCAUCUCAGUUAAUGACUGUAAAGAAAGAAUUUCACUUGCAUUCAUUAAUUUAGCUGAUGCUUUUAUCCUAAGCAAUUUACA